CUCUUGUGUUUGUAGGUCUAUUCCUCCAUGAAUCCCUUUGGCAACAGUACACAGGGUGGCGAGUUUUACGAAGCGGCAGAUCCCUUCUUAUUCCUGGGCGACCAAGAACGCGACAACCUCUGCAACUCGCCGUAUAUUGACGAGACUGUGGGCCAGGAAUUCGCGGCAGCUAUCGCCCAUGACGAAGAACUUCCCUUGGCGUUCGUUCCGUCCUUUCCAGCACCUGUUUCAGGGAGUGGAUACCAUAUGCCAAGCGACUACAGGUCGAAUCAUUUCGACCCCGGUCACUUUGUCUCAACAUCGCCGGCAGUGGCCCAGGACAACACUUCUGGUCCUGCUCAUUCUCUAAGUAUCACCAUAUCAUCAACGGAUAAAGAUAUGGCUAUCAACGGCUGGCGCUCUGAUGUCUAUCAGUCAGCCAACAUUUCAUCUCCUGAUAUCAGGUUCAGCCCUCCAGAGAGCGACUUCCCUCCUAAUUCGACUUUUUCCCCGAGCAGCCCUCACACAGAUCCAGACUAUUUCCUUUCUCCUACUUCCUCCACAGCCAGUUCUUCCCUGGCUGUCGGAAUGCAAAAUAUGCAUCUGGCCGACGAGGGAUCCGGCGCCCCUAUUACGAACUGUAGUCUUGGUGGCCAGAGACUGCUUCAGAGUGUGUCUUUGAGGGUGGAUACCGAACCAAACAAAGAUAGCAGUAAUCUUGCGGGGAUCUCUGCGUGGACGCAUGGGGUCUAUCCUGAUCCUUCACCAUCUUCGUCUCGACGCCCAACUCUAGGCCAUCGGCAUUCCAUAUCCGUUCCCAGCUCUCAGUACUUAGCGCCUCCUACGCAAAUCAUCAGGGGCGUUCCUCUCCAUAUCCAAGUCCCCAUUCUAGCCCUCGGCUGA